CUUGAAAAAUGAGCCGGACUAGAGCUUCUCCUCCCACUUGUCCUUCCAAUGCGAUAACUCCUCCGGACUAAAGCUUCUCUUCCGCCUCACUUGUCCAUCCAAUGCGGAUGGCCUAAGGGAUGAGCUUGUAUGCCAACCCCCUCAUCCCUCCGGCAUUUGUGAUUGACCAGGAGGACUUAAGAGCUUCAAAAAACCUUCAUGUGUGAGCCGUGCCUUUUGAAAUCUGAAUGACUUUGGUCCUCUCAAUUUAACGUCUCAGUUCCCACCACAGGUUCCUUUCGUUCAUACAUCCCGAUUAAAGAUCUAUUGGAAACCCUAGUCUCCAUGGAAGACCGCACGAUCACAGGAAGGGAGAUGCUUAUGAGGGAAGAGUACAAUAAGAAGAAGAAAGAUGAAUUUCUGGAAAAAUUAAAUGCUUUGAAUCCUCGCGAUCUCCUCUUUUACAAGGAGAACUAUCCGCUGGCCGUCGAGCUUUCCUCCUUCACCUCUUUUUACAGAAAAUGGGCGGAAUUGGAUAUUUGCCAGACUGGCGAACUUCCUUUACAAGGAACUGAUCUGGAUGACGUGAAGCACUUUCCUUUUCCCUAUUUGGCACCACUAACUCAUCACAUUGGUGAUGAUUACGUUUUGGGGAAGACUAUGUUUGGCAGAAUGUUACUGGAUGCAAACAAGUUCGUCAAAACCUGGGACUUAUUUUAUCCUCCUACUGGACAAAUUGAGUUGCAUUCCAAAAGACUGAGGAAUGAGAUUAUGCUUUUAACUAGCAUGGAACAUCCAUGCCUGCCAAAACUAGUUGGAUACUCCAUCGACAAACAGUUUGCUGUUGUCUAUCAACGAGAAGGCUGUUUGACUCUGCAAGAUAUUCUCUCUUGCCCUGAUUUUACUUGGGAUGAGAGAAUGGAAGUGGCUUACCAGAUUGCCACCUUGAUGGAGUAUUUUCACGAUAAUGGCAAGACCAUUGGAAGUAUUGAUCCUCAGAACAUAUUAGUUGACUCGAAUUUUAAAAUCAAACUAUGUGAGUUUGGUUUGUGUGGCACUAUAGAUGCGCUAACACCUCGGAAAGCAGAUUCUGGUUUAGUUGCUAGUGAUGCUUGGUGGAUUACUGGAGGAAUAUAUAGUUUCCAAGUUCCUGAGCUUAUGAUUCACCAAGCUCAAAAUCCUAUCAAAGCAGUGGAAUGGACAGCCAAGUGUGAUAUAUAUUGCUUUGGUUGCCUGCUUCUUGAGUUGAUAAGCAUAGAACAUGAGCACACUUUAGAAAGCAGAUAUAAUAUUUUAAAGAGUUGGGCUAAACGUCAACUUGAGAAGAAAUCUGUGAAGAAUCUCGUGGACAAAAGCCUUAACGAAGAUUGUAACGUUGGCAUUAAAGUUACCAGAAUGGUGAUGAAUUGUUUGCACGAUUGUCCAAAUGUCCGAGCGGAGGCGAAAGUUCUUGCCAGGGCUCUCAAAGAUUUGAAGCAAGAAAAGAAUAGUGCUGCCCAGAAACGGAGCUGUUUGGAGCAAGAAGUCAGCCUCCCCCUGGAGAAGAAGAGGCAGAGGAUUGAAGAGUAACUUGUGUGUAUUUUCACUUGAAUUGUGUUUCGGAUGCACAUGUGUCUCAGUUGACGAUUGUGUGUGUGUGUGUGUGUGCUGAUAUGAUCUUUAUUGUAUCCAUUUGGCAAGACCAAAGAUGAGCUUGAUCAUAAACUUUAUGAAACUCAUACCGAUGUGUAUAAUGUUCUAAAAAUAGGACCAGACGUCGUAGUAGGUCAAGGGUUGAGUGGUCAAACUGGGAGUAACGACCUGGUCUAUUAUGUUAUAUGUAUGUGUAUGUGUGCGCGCCCGUAAAAUACCUAAUAUAUAAUUUCAGCGCAGGUAGAAAAGUUUACACAAUUACCGCCUUAAUUUUUUCAAAAUUUUCCAUGUAAAAGCUCGUAAAUGUAAUAGAUCGUAUGUAUAUCAUUUUCAUGAACUACUUUAGUUGUUCAUUC